AUGCCGGUUCUCCGACUGCUCACGGUCGUCAGUGCCUCGCUCCUCCUCUUGGCUAAAGCUGAUGCGAACGGUAGCGAACCGCCUCAAACAUCACCAACAACGACAAAAACUACAUAUGCUGUCAAAUUGGGAAAAGAUGGCACGUGCCUCUCCGAGAUCAAUGAUGCUCGUAAGAAGGCCGGUUUCAAUGAUUUCGUAAUACCUCAGGCGGAGACGAAGGAAAAAAGACUGCCUGAGCAAGGAGAGCCAGAUUCCGAUAACUAUGCAGAAUGGGUUUGGAAGCCCGUUUGCGAUGUCUUGAUACCACAAGAAGCAACAGGCAAGAGCUCCGACACAGACGCUGGAAAAAAAUUCGUGAGCGGCACAUACGCAUUUCAAGUCGUUGACGCCGCUAGUCCUAGCUGUACUGCCGUAGUAGAAAAGUGGAAGAAUGCCUACAGCAACUUCAAUGGAUUGCCUCCACCGAACACGGAUAGCCAGGAGUUGUAUACCAGUCGGGAAAACAUCUCUUUUGUAGCCAUGUACAACCCUUCCGACGAUGCUACCGCCGACUGCCGAGUCGUCACCUGCACUAGGAAGAUCACCACCACUCCACAGGGAGUGUUAUCUGACGUGGGUGAGGAAGAGGAAGAAGAAACCCCCAAAAAUGAAGAAACAAAGGAAGGCUCUGCUUUGAUUUGCAUGACGACACCUGACGUCCUUCCCGACAACAGUGAAAACCCUCCUUUCACAGAGGAACAGUGGGGGCAGAUCGUCACCGCCUUCGAAGGAUCCGCCUCGGCUGUCUUGCCCACUUUCCUCGGCCUUGUCGCAGCAUUGCUUGGCGUUGCGGCAGCGUUUUGA